AUGCUGCUCUCACUGCUCGGUCUGUGGCUCCUCUCAGAUGUUCUGGUGUGUCUGAUGCCCUCAGAUGUUCAGUGCCCUCAGAUGUUCUGUGUGUCAGUGUCCUCUCGUGUGAUGCCCUCUCAGAUGUUCUGGUGUGUGUCAGGAGCCGCUGUUCCUCAGGAGAAUUACUCGGUUCCUCUGGAGACCCACACUGUUCCUCAGGAGGAUGACCUGGUUAAUCAGGAGAAGUGCUCGUACCUGGCGAUCAUCAAACAUCUGGGUCUGACCUCCAGAAACGACCUGUUCACCCUGAGCCGCCCGGUGAAGGAUCCGUCUUCUCCUCUCGACGUGCAGCUGAACUUCAGGCUCGACGCCAUCCUCGAUGUGCGUGAGAUCGAGCAGACGGUCAUUUCCUCAAACGCCAUCGACAUUUUGUGGGAAAACGAGCACAUUUCCUGGAAUAAAGACGAGUUCUGUGGAGUGGCGAGGAUCACUGUGCCCACUGCGCUGCUAUGGCAACCGGACAUACGCAUCCUCGAAAUGGUGGAGAAGGAUAAAACUCCGUUGGCUCCGUUCCUCGUGGUGAAGAACAAUGGUGUAGUGAUGAUGAAGUUUGACCAGGUGAUCCUCAGCAGCUGUAAGAUGCAGACCUACAAGUUUCCCUUCGACCUGCAGAGGUGCAGCCUGUCCUUCAAGUCCUUCGUCCACUCAGUGGAGGAGAUGACCCUGGACAACUACGGCAAUGAGGAGAAGGUGCUUCAGAAGAUCGUGGACGAGAUGCGAGUUCAGUACGAGUGGUUCUUCGAGAACAUCAGCAUCAGCAAACCAACGAGCCACGACCUGAAGCAGGAGCAGAGCAUGGUGGUCUACACUUUCACGAUCCGGCGGCGCUCGGUUCUCUACGUGGUGAACUUCAUCCUCCCGGUGCUCUUCUUCCUGUCGCUGGACUUUGCGUCGUUCCUCAUGUCGGACACAGGGGGCGACAAACUCAGCUUCAAAAUCACCAUCCUCCUCGCGGUCACCGUCCUCCAGCUGCUCCUCAACGAGAUCCUGCCGUCCUCCUCCAGCUACAUCCCCCUCAUCACGCUCUUCUGUAUCGGGGUGUUCGUGCUGUUGAAGAUCAGUCUUCUGGAGACCAUCUGUGUGAUGUUCCUCCUGGAACGAGACCAGAAGAAAAAAGAAAAGGAGGAAAAAAAAAAACACGACAACGAGCUGAAGUGCAGUUGUUUUUCAUUUCUUCGUCUGGAUACGUCUGAAGAAUCAUCAGAGGAAACAGAGGUGUUGGAGUUCAGAUGUUCUCAGGUGUUGGAGUUCAGAUGUUCUCAGUUCAGAUGUUCUCAGGUGUUUUAG